UUUAUUUUAAUUCUCUAAGCACUUAUAAGUGACUGUACUUUUGUCGUGUCGAUAAAGCUUGAAGUAUAAUGGACUGCCUCUCCUAGCGAAUUACAAGUCAACUGCACGGAAUAUUUCAUGCUUAAUAUAUAACGUUAUAACAAUUUCGCUGACAUGUGUAGACAUGUUCAAGUAAUCAAGACCUUUAAUAAUACCUGUAGUCGUAGCUGUUCUUGUAAUACAGUUGUCCUUACUAAUGUUUGACAAUAUUUGAUACACUUGUCAUCUACUUUGGUCAGAGGUUUCUCUUCGAAGUUAUGGGCACAAACGUCCAAACCAUGCAAUGCAAUUGUUCUCCUUUCAUGGAUACCAGUAAAGAUUCCAGUUUCUACUGGAUAUAGCCAAUUAAAAAGCGACACUUGGAAUCAAAAUAACUGAAGCUGAGGUAUCAGUGCCCAUGAUAACGCUACAUUCAAGUAACUGCAUAAAAAUGCAAAGUCAAUGUUCCAGAAUUCAUGCUAACUCUGACAUGAUAAUAGAUAUGUCGGUCGAUGGACAAGUUAAGUAGGUAGGUAGUGUUCUAGAACUAGUAUACCUCGAAUGAAAAACGUUUGACACGCACGCACAUAUUUAUGACGAAACAAAGAGGCUUGGAGACCGAAUGUUUUGAAACCGUAACCCAUUCCAAACAAAAACGCUAAACUACUGUCAGCGAUGGACGCAGAAGCGGAGAAGUUGGCCCACUGCUGCCACGUUGUUAACAACCUAGACGCGUGGAGAAGGUCAGGUGUUCUCUGUGACGUAGUUCUGGAGGUCGGCGAUCAGACGUUCCCGGCUCAUAGCGUUACCUUGUCGAGUUUCAGCGGGCGUCUGAAGCAGAUGUUUGAAACAGCAGAUGAAUACAGAGAGGUACCUUACCACAUCUCUCUGGAUGAGGGGAGGAUGACCUUCUCGGCAAUGUCCAUCAUUUUGGAUUUCAUGUACACAUCUGAGCUGCGAAUCACCUUCAGCAACGUCAUGGAAAUCAUGGGCGCAUGCGACGAGCUCAUUGUGCCCGCCAUUAUCGAGAAAUGUCGAGACUUCCUGAAGACAUUUGACCUUGAGACAUGUCUUGACUGUCUGUGGGUGACAUCACAUUACCAAUACUGGCUGGGAGGAGUUUACAAGACCGUUCGACAGUUCGUCCUUGCGAACUUUAUGUCUGUUAUGAACACACGUAGUUUCUAUACUCAGGAUGUGGCGCAGCUUGAGAGCAUUUUGGAAGACGACGACCUUUCAGUUCCGAGGGAGAUCGAAGCCUUCCUCGCCAUCUUCCGUUGGAUCGAAGGCGAGGCUGACAUGAGGGUACAUUUCGCACAUAGACUGUUGAGUAAAAUCCGUUACAGCCACAUUGAUCCGGACGAGUUUGCCGAAGCCGUGAAGCAUGUCAACAGCAUCCAGUCCUGUCGGAAAGUCGUUCUCGAGGCGUUUCAGUUCUAUUCCUCACAGAAGACUGUCUCAUUUACGCCUCAGCGGAGAAGGGGCAAGAUUCGUCAGACUACGCGGGAAGCGUACCGUGAAGACAAGGUGACCGCGCCGCAGCCGGUCGCGGUGCCCCGGCCGUCCCGUAGCACGGUCAUGGAGAACACCGUUGUGAUUGUCGGCGGGCUUUGUGAUACGGCCGAGGGCCCGGGGGUGGUGGGAGCCCGAGGUCACAUGAUUCACAAGUUCAACCGCGGCCAGAACCGCUGGGAGCUGCUCACAACUCUACCUGCCAGCGAAUCCCGGGACCACAGCGCUGUCGCUGUGCUUUAUGACAAUCUCUAUAUCAUAGGUGGUACGGAUCCCCAGAGAGCCAGUAAGGAGUACACCCCGCUCGACACGUGUUACCGGUACGACCCGGACACAGACGCGUGGGCGGAUGUAGCUGCCAUGAACAGCCAGCGAACCUACGCACAGGCUGCGGCACUCCAGGGCGUGGUGUACGUAGUGGGUGGACUGGGGGACCGACAACGGGUUCUUGGUACCGUGGAGUACUACAACCCUACCCUGGACGACUGGACGUACGCAGCGCCCCUCCUGUACCCGCGCUUCGCCGCUGCCGUCGCUGUUCACACGGACAGGUUGUUCGUGGCGGGCGGCAGGACAGAACCAGACGUUGUUUCCGAUGUUGUGGAGAUGUACGAUCCCGGGACAGACAGGUAUACAGGGCCGUAAAUCUAGGGAGGUCGGGUAAAUAUGACAAU